CCCCCGCCCGUCUACCUCCGCCCCCGCUCCCCGCUUUAAAUAGCGGCGGCGAGGCGAGCGGUGCCGCGCUGAGGCGAGGCGAGGCGAGGCGAGCGGGAGGGAGCAUGGCGCCGCUGGCGCUGCUCGGCCUCCUGGGGGCCGCCGCCCUGGCAGGUGUCAGUGCAAUGCCAACAGAAAAAGACCAUAUUGAAGAAAUGGUAACACAGUGUAUAGUAGAAGUUCUCUCCAAUGCUCUGUCGAAGCCAAAUGCACCACCAAUUAAUCCCGAGUGCAAAGAAAUCCUUAAGAAGAGUGGCAAAAAUGACAGAGAUAAAAAAGAAGACAGACAGCUCGAAGUGAGGCAUUUGAAAGACCCAGCAGAGAAUGAAAAACAUCAUUUUGGGAGUGUGGAGAAAGAACAAAGUCAGACUGAAAUGGAAUCUAAAAUACACAUGAAAGGAAGUGACGAAAAGAAACUUGGUCGUGAGGAAGAUAAAAGCGAGGAAGAGGAGUAUGGACACAACAUAUCCGUUCACGAGGCUCAUGAAGACAGACUCCAUGCAGAAGAAAAGAAACACCAUCAGGAGAUCAGAAAAGAGGAUGAGAAUAGUUACUACAGGGAAGAAGACAGCAAAGAGAGCAGGCGUCAUGGUGAAGAGGCAGAGCGUGCCGUUCUCAACAAGAAGUCCAUGAGCACAGAGGAAUUCCCUGAUGGGAACGAUCAACGUCCCAUGAGCCAGGCGCGUUCAGAGGAGAGAACGCAAAGUCUUGACAAGAGAAUUCAUGAGGGGGAGGAGGGGGAGGAAGAAAGAAGUGAAAAAUACCAUCAUGAGUCUAAGGAACGUGAUUCCUCCCAUCAGCAGGAUCAUGAAGAAUCUGACGAGAGUGAAGAAGCAGAGGAGGAGAAGCAAGCCUACAAACCAAAACAGUACUACAGGAAGCACAGAAUGGGUGACUCCGAAGAGAAGAGAGGCCAUAGUGGUGAGAAAGAGAAACUAGCUGAGGAAUCAAAUGCAGAGGAGGGCCGUCACUGGGACAGAAGGAACCACCAUCAGAAACACCACCGUGAAGAGUCUGAGUGGCGUCGUGAGGAGAAGGGAGGCUAUCCUGGGAGGCGUGGGUCUGAAGAGGUGGAGGAAAAGAGGUAUACAGAUCAGGGAAGUGAGGAGCGCAGGGAGAGAUGGCAGCAGAGUAAAGAGAGCAGCGAAGAGGAAAGUAAGAGGCAUCACCAAAGUGAAGAAAGUAAUGAAAAAUGGCAUGAGGAGAGGAGACACCAUGAUGGAUCACAUGAGGCAAGGAGACACCAUUCUGAGGGAAGGGCAUAUCGUGGAGAAAGUGAGGAAGAGCUCGACAGGUAUCUCAGUGGAGGCAGCAAGGAGGAGAAGCAGCACCGUGGUGAAGGAAGACACCGCUUGCAGGACAGUGAAGAUGAAGAGACACAGAAACUGGACAUGAGAGAGAGCAAAGGGCAGGUCAGAAGACACUAUAGCACUGAGGACAGAGACAGUGUAGAGCAGCAGCACUACCCUGGCAACAGUGAGGAGGAGGAGGAAGAGGAGGAAGUAGAAAAGAACCAUCACAGCAGUGAUCAAAUAGAAAGUGAAGAGAAUAUGGAGGAAGGAAGAUAUGCAGAGAGGGAAGAGUACAAAAGCCCUUUCCCUGCAGAGAAUGAGAGGAGAACCACAGCAUCGUACAGCCCUUUCUACCCACUACUGUGGUGGAAGAGCCGUCACUUUGAGAAAAAGGACAAUGUGGGAGAGCAGCUUCUGGAGAGCAAGGAGGAAGUCAGGCCCACCCUGAGCGAGAAGAAUCUUUUCCCUGAAUAUAAUGACUAUGACUGGUGGGAGAAAAAGCAAAUUCUGAAUGCUCUGAACUAUGGACGCACUGAGAAGAGGAAUCUUGGCAAAAUCAACAGAUUCGAUAUGAAGAGGCAAUACAACAGGAUGGAUCAACUUGCGCAACUUCUGAAUUACAGGAAGAAGUCAGCUGAAUUUCCAGAGUUGUAUGAUUCUGGAGAAGAUAUGAGAAAACGUCACAUAAUCAGGAAUGACAAGGGAAAUCUGAGCCAGAGGCCUCUGACAGAAGAGGAGGAAAAAGAACUGGAAAACCUAGCUGCUAUGGAUUUGGAACUGCAGAAAAUAGCUGAGAAGUUUAAUGACAACAGGAGAGGCUGAAUAUGAUCUUCUUUGGCAUUUCAAAGCUAGGUGUAGCAGUACUCACAAUACCUGUAUUAUGUGGUAAAUUCACUGCCACUGGAAUGUUGUUUGCCCUAAAAACAGGAAAUACUAUUUACUGUCCACUAUAGUGUAGUGAUUUAUACCGCUGAAUGUGUCUUUAAUUUGCUAUUAUGCUCUUGAGAUCUGAAUAGCAUGAAUUUUAGUAUUAUAACUUUCAUGCAAGGCAGAUAUUUUUAAUAUGCUUGUGAGAAUAAUUGUGUUUGUGUUCUUCAAAAAUAUAUUUGUCUGAGUUUGAAAUAAUAAAAACAUUUAUCUUGGAUCAAA